GCGCCGGUUUUCAUUUCUCUUGAUCUGGCCGCGCUCUUUCUCUUUCUCUUCUGCGUUUUUCUUCGUCUUCUUCGUGAAGAUCUUCUUCUAGCUAGCUGCGCGCGGCAUUCUAAUGUCUUCUUCUCUGUUGCCUCUUCUUCUGGCCGACUGGACGAGGAGGCGAUUAGGUUUUGGCGAGGAGUCAUUCGGCUAGGGUUUUGCUGACUGGAGUAGUUCUUCUCCCGCAUUAGACCAGCGCCGGCUCGUUUUCCUUCCUUCCAGGAUAGUGAGCUGGGAAACCAUUAAUUAAAAAGUGAGGGUGUAACCGGCAAAGAAGGUGGUGGUGGUGGUGAUUGUUUUUCUGGAGUAGGUAGAGGAUCAACGCAGACAAUGGGUGGUGGUGGUGGUGGUGGUGGUGGUAGGUUUGCAGAUGGUGGUGGAAGAUUUUCAGAUGGCGGUGGUAGGUUUCCAGAUGGUGGUGGAAGAUUUUCAGAUGGCGGUGGUAGGUUUCCAGAUGGUGGUGGAAGAUUUUCAGAUGGUGGUGGUUGGUUUUCAGAUGGUGGUGGAAGAUUUUCAGAUGGUGGUGGUAGGUUUUCAGAUGGCGAUGGAGAUGGUGGUAAAAGGUUUUCAGAUGGUGGUGGAAGAUUUUCAGAUGGUGGUGGAAGGUUUUCAGAUGGUGGUGGAAGAUUUUCAGAUGGUGGUGGAAGGUUUUCAGAUGGUGGUGGAAGGUUUUCAGAUGGUGGUGGAAGGUUUUCAGAUGGUGGUGGAAGGUUUUCAGAUGGUGGUGGAAGAUUUUCAGAUGGUGGUGGUAGGUUUUCAGAUGGUGAUGGAGAUGGUGGUGGUGGAAGGUUUCCAGAUGGUGGUGGAGAUGAUGGAAGAUUUUCAGAUGGUGGUGGUGAUGAUGGUGAAAGAUUUGCUGAUGGGGGUGGUUGUUGGUUUCCAGAUGGUGGUGGAGAUGAUGGAAGAUUUUCAGAUGGUGGUGGUGAUGAUGGUGAAAGAUUUGCUGAUGGGGGUGGUGAUGAUGGUGGAAGAUUUUCUGAUGGUGGUGAUGAGUGUGGGCUGUUAAUGAGUGGCAAAGGGGAUAACAAUGGAGAUGAGACUGGUGUUGCAGGUUGUGGAGAAUUAGGAGUAGGUGAUAUUGAUGGUGGCGGAUAAGAUUCAUGUAUUGGACUGAUUGAUGGUAAUGGAGGUUGGAUUACUGCUGUUGGAGGAGGAAAGGAUGAAGGUGGAGGCGAUUCAUGAUCAGGUGGUGAAACUGUUGUUGGCGGUUGCGAUGGCGGAGUUAUUGGUGAAGAUGAAGAAGAAUAAGGAGAGGAAGAAGGUUGCUCAUUUGAAGGUGUUGGCGAUUGCGAUAUUGGUGAUUGUGGUGAAUUUAUUGGCGAUGAUGAAGAAGAAGGUGUGAUGGGUGAUGAUGAUGAUGAUGAUGAUGGCGACUGAGAAGGAGAUAGGGUUGUUGUUGAGGGUGAAGGUGAAGGUGGCAGUCUUUCAGGUGAUAUUAUUGCUGUUGGUGAGGGGGAUGGAGAAGAAGAAGAAGAUUGCCCUGAGGGACUUAAUUGCGAUGGUAAUGGAGGAACUGAUGAUGGCGAUGGUGAGAUCGGUGAAAAAGGACUAGGCGUUACCACUGGCGGCGAUGGCUGACUAGUCGGCGGUGUUACUGGCGUUACCACUGGCGGCGAUGGCUGACUAGUCGGCGGCGUUACUGGCGUUACCACUGGCGGCGAUGAUUGACUAGGCGGGAUUACAGGCAACACCGGUGAUGAUGGUGAUGGUGGUGUUAAUGUGGGUGCACCAUUACACUUACAAACAGUAGGCGGUAGUGAAUAAAACCCAUCACAUUGUCUCCUUGAUCUCUGAAAAGGCCUUCCAGAAAAACAAUUCCUCCGAUCAUCAAAAUCCGCCGAACUCAAACAAAUGGUUGAUUCAUCCUUAAAAUAAUUACCAUCAUAAGUAAUAUUCUCCAACCUGGGAAGAUCACACAACUCAUCACCAAUCUCUCCAGAAAACAUAUUCCGACCCAAAUUCAACACUUCCAAACUCCUCAUCUCCUUCAUACUCCCCGGCAAAUUCCCAACCAACUGAUUAAAACUCAAAUCCAACACAGUCAGAUUCUUCAACUCCCCCAAUUCCUCCGGCAAGCACGACUGAAACCCAUUCCUCGACAGUAUAAUCUGCUUCAAUGUCGCCGACAUAUUCCCCAAGCUCUUAGGAAUACAACCCCUCAACUCAUUAUUCGCAAGCACAAUAACAGAAGCCGUCGAUUUCCCAAAAUUCUCAGGCAAUUUCGACGAGAAUCUAUUAUUGUUCAAGAAAAUAGCGUCCAGUUCUUUCUCAAACAGCUCCUCCGGCAGCUUCCCCUCGAAUUCAUUAAACCGAAUAUCCAAAUACUUAAGCUCCGGCAAGCGCAAGACGUGAGUAGGAAACCUACCGGAGAAUCGGUUAUUGCUGAGAUCCAAUUCAAAUAGGAGUUUCAGGUUUACAAAAGUGUAAGGAACCGUUCCGCAGAAGCGGUUGGAGUUGCCAUGGAACAAAGCUAGAUCAAAUAGUAGGCCUAAUUCCUCAGGGAGGUGUCCGGCAAUGUUCUGUUGAUUGACGUCGAUUCCGGCGACAGUUAGUUCGCGUGGGCAGUCGGGUGCAGGUGCACAGAAGAUGCCGUUGUAGUUGCAUACAUUGGAUCCAACCCAAUUUCUAGUUACGCCAUAUGGGUCGGAUAGGAUGACACGCUUCCAAGCUUGCAAGGCAAUGUAAGCAAGCUUGAGUUUUGAAUUGUCGAAUAUUAGAGACGGGUCGAUCGCGAGUUCAUCUUCUUCUCCUGAUCGGCCAUGGUUAUGGGACAAGAGUUGUCUAUAUAAUUUGACUGAUUCUACUUCUUUAGUUAGGAAAGAUCUGGUAGAGGCUGUUGUUGUUGUUACCAUAAUAAUAAUAAUAAGAAUACAUGGUAAUAAAAAUGAGAAGGAAUGGUUUCUAAAUUUCAUUGCUUUAAAAGAAUAGAAAGAGAUGGAUGUUUGUAGAGUUUGUGUGUGUUGGGGGGUGACAUUUAUCCUGUUUAGGGAGGAAUUUACGUUGGACUAAAUUUAUUAUGUUCUUUAAUUUUCA